AUGCUGUCAAAAAGCUUAGAAAUGGUACAGCGGCUUACGUUCAGACGACGUCUGUCGUACAAUACAAAAUCUAACCAAAGGAGAAUAGUAAGGACUCCUGGUGGACGAUUGGUCUAUCAGUAUGUCAAGAAGCCCAAGAAGAUCCCGAGAUGUGGGCAGUGCAAGAGCAAACUCCGUGGUAUUCAGCCCGCAAGACCCGCUGAACGUUCACGUCUCUGCUACCGCAAGAAGACCGUCAAGCGUGUGUACGGUGGUGUCCUCUGCCACAAGUGUGUGAAGCAGCGCAUUGUCAGAGCUUUCCUCAUUGAAGAACAGAAGAUUGUCAAGGUUCUUAAAGCACAACAGGCGAGCGUUAAGGCUGGUGGAGGAAAGAAAGCAGCAAAGUGA